AUGUCCAAGUUCAACGAGCCGAAAGCCGAUCCAUCUGCCGACACCGCUUCCAAGGCAUGGCUUGACUUGGGGAGGUACGCCAGGGAAGUCCUUGCAGUCCAGGAUACCCGUCGCUUUGUCUUAGGCUUUACUCUCUGUGGAUCUCUAAUGAGGGUAUGGGUCUUUGACCGCCUGGGAGGAGUCGCAUCCGAGCGUUUUGAUAUCAACGAGGAUGGUCUCCAGUUUGUGUCCACCAUUCUUGGUUUUCUAUGGAUGAGCGAGGCGGAAUGUGGAUUUGACCCUACAAUCAUCACGAAAAACGACCGGCGAUUCAUCGAGAUAGAGCAGAAUGGACAUGCCGAGCGUGUCGUCCUCGAGAAAUUGACGAAACGAGCACCUUGCAUCGCGGGUCGAGCAACAACAUGUUGGAAAGCGCAUCGUGAAGAGGACCCCGGGGUUCCGCUCGUUGUCAAAGACUCUUGGCAAUACACAGAACGCGACGAAGAAGGCGAUCUCCUUCAAGAAGCCACGGAAAAAAGCGUGGUCAACGUCGCACGUUAUUAUCAUCAUGCGACAGUUUGCAUCCGUGGGAAGAUUGACGAUGUCCGGGAUAACGUCCGAGGUGGCUUGGAUAUCAGGACCGCGAGCAAUUAUCGACCAGAGCGCUUGGCGCUCUCGACUGGCACAAUUGUAGCUGAUGCGCCGCGAAAGAGUCGGAACAGCGGCAAGUCCGGUGUGAAGCGAUCUUCUAGCCAAACUGGUGCUUCUCUGCCACCUAAUAAGCGAUCUUGUUCGGCAUCUCCUACCAAGGCAUCCAGCAUGCCAAAUCGAGUUCAUCGGCGUGUCAUCCUGCGUGACUAUGGGAAACCAAUUUACAAGGCAAGCACUCGCCAAGCCUUGCUUGCCGCGUUAAAAGGCUGUAUUGCAGGGCAUCAGUCUUUGCAACAAGCAGGAAUCCUUCACCGAGAUAUUUCAGUCAACAACCUCAUGAUCAACGAGGAUAAAGAGAACCCUUCGUGGCCGUCAUUCUUGAUUGAUCUUGAUCUGGCCAUCAGAGAGACACGGGAUGGCGUUUCUGGGGCGAAUGGAAAGACUGGCACGAGGGCCUUUAUGGCAAUUGGCUCACUUCUGGGCGAGAAGCAUUCUUUCAUGCAUGAUCUCGAAUCAUUCUUCUGGGUGAUCUUUUGGAUAUGCAUCCACUAUGAGGGGCCAGGUAAGGGACGAGUCGUUGCAAGGUUUGACAAGUGGAACUUUGUGGAUACAGACGAGUUAGCUGGUAUGAAGAAAGGCGAGAUAUCGGACGAAGCGGAUUUCGUAAAGUCCGCAAAUGAGUACUUCACCGAGUACUACCGGCCGCUUAUUCCAUGCAUCAACACACUUCGGAAGGCGGUCUUUCCUAAUGGAAGGAGAUGGGCGAAGGAAGAUCCAGGAUUGUAUGAUCGGAUGAAGGCCAUCCUACGGGGCGCCCGAGAGGACUGA